GGCGGUGCGGCGAGGAGCUGCAUGGCGCAGGGCGGAGUGCGGCGGGCGGCAGCCCUGGGCCUGGCGCUGCGGCUGCUGCUCGGCUUCGGGCUGGGCCUGCAGGCAGCCCCGACCCCGAUGCCGACCCAGGCCUUGGCCCAGGCCCCAGGCUCCUGCUCGCCCACCAGCUUCCAGUGCCGCACGAGUGGCUUCUGCGUGCCCCUCACUCUGCACUGCGACGGUGACAAGGACUGCCCCGACGGCAGCGAUGAGGAGGACUGCAGGAUCAAGCCUUGUGCCCAGGACGGAGAGUGCCGGCCACCCACUGGCAGCCCCUGCCCUUGCGACAAUGUCGAUGACUGCCGACAUGGCAUCCACGAGAACGGUCACAACUGCAGUUCCCAGCCCUGCCCGGCGGGGGAGCUCCGCUGCCUGCAGGGCGGUGCCUGUGUCCCACACACGUGGCUCUGCGAUGGCCAUCCCGACUGUCCCGACUCCAGUGAUGAACUUGGCUGUGGAACUGAGACCCUCCAGGAAGGGACUGCCACAUCCACGGGGAUCCCUGUGACCCCGCACAGUGUCCCCUCUCUCAGGAAUGUCACAGCCACCCCCACUGGGGACGAGGACUCCGUCCAGUCUGGAAACCGGAGUGCUUGUGGGGUUAUCGCAGCUGCGGUGGUGCUCAGUGCCGGUGUGGCCGCCAUCUCCCUGUUCGUGCUGUCCCGGCUCUGUGCCCGCGGGCGCCUGCACCCGCUGGGGCUGCUGCUGGUCAUGAAGGAGUCCCUGCUGCUGUCAGACAGGAAGCCCUCGCUGCUCUGAGGACGGGCUCUUGCCACCCAGGCUCCCGGCCCCGGAGCGGCGGCAGCUCUGGAGACCUGGUACGUCAU